CACGGGCGUAAUAGGCCCAUCGAGACUGUCUUCUUCCUUAAUGCUUCACUUAAACCCUACCACACGAAGCAAACUCUCAUUUUUACUAAUAAUCUCCGACGCUCUUAAAUCAUCGAAAUGUCUCUUCUCCGGCGUUACGUUAAAGAAGCAACCAAUUCACGAUUCCUCCUUCAAUCAAUCUCCAUACGUUCCAUCUCCACCAUAAACACCAAUCCACCUCGCCGCCGCACAACCACCGAGUUCGAUAACCUCAUCUACGAAGCAGCAACCUCCAACGACUUCGAAUCCGUACGACGUCUCCUAAACACGCGCGUCGUAAACGCCUGUUUCAACACCACCGCGACAUUCAAGUUCCUAACAAACACCGCCUCCUACGCCUCCUCGCUCGAGAAUCUCCGCCGCGUAUUGCCCCAGACCGACGCGGGGUACACUCGGAAACACGCCUACGAGACGCUCAUCGCCCGUCUCUGCAAGCUGGGACGCGUGGACGACGCGCUGGUCCUGGUCGAGGACAUGGCGAUCGGGAGAUUCGGUUUGUCCACGUGUACUUUCCACCCGAUCUUGAACGCGCUGACGAAGAAGAGUAAGGUGGAGGAGGCUUGGCGCGUGGUGGAGGUUGUUAUGAGAUCUCACGCGGUUGUUAUGGACGUUACGGGGUAUAACUACUUUUUGACUUCGUUCUGUUACGAUGGUGACGUGGCGGGGGCGAGUGAGGUUUUGAGGAGGAUGGAGGGGGAGGGGAUGGUGGGGGAUACGAGGACUUACGACGCGCUUGUUUUGGGCGCGUGUAAGGCGGGGAAGGUGGAGGGUGCGAUGGGGGUUUUGAGGAGGAUGGAGGAGGAAGGGUUGCCUGUUUUGUAUGCGACUCAUGCGCAUGUUAUUGGGGAGAUGGUGGAGUGUGGCUAUUAUGCGCAGGGGGUUGAGUUUGUGAUGGCGUAUGCUGGGAGAGAUAAGAGGUUGGAUGAGGAGAGUAUGGGGAGUUUGGCUAGUAAGCUUGUGAAGAGGAAGAGGUUUAAGGAGGCGAAGAUGGUUUUGAAGGAGAUGAGUGUGAGAGGGUUGAGGAUGGGUGAUGGGUUGCGUGAGUUUUAUGAGAAACAGUGUGAUUGA